AUGGCCAAUAACAGUCAUUUAGACAACUUAGUCGUCCUCCGAGGCCUAGGCAAAGGUGCAACUGCAAAGGUGAAAGCAGUUCAAGACCCAGCCACAGGUGCCAUUUACGCCGCAAAAAUUCUCAAAAGCCAAGGCGAAGCUCUCACUGCUCGUUUCAGAGAAGUCGUGCAAAAUGAGAUGCAAAGCUUAAACAGAAUUCACCAUCCAAACAUCGUCAAUUUAAUCAACGCAAACGAGAACGGAGUUUACGUCAAGAAAAACGGGUCAAUGUACAAUUGCAUGUACAUGCUGAUGGAGCUCUGCCCUAAUGGUGAACUUUUCGAUAUCCUUUUCCAGUCUGGGAAGUUCGAUGAGAGAACCACCAGGUUUUAUUUCCACCAGCUAAUUGAAGGGCUUGAAGCUUGCCACCGAGCAGGGGUUUGGUCAAACCUGGCUAGUGUAUCGCGCUCUAUGGCUAUAUCUGGCAGUCCGACUCUACCUGGCAUCUGGCAGUCUGCUCUACCUGGCAAUCCGACUCUAUCUAGUUCUAUUGGCUCGAUCUGACAGUCUGGCUCUAAUGGCUCGGCCCGGCAGUCCAGCUUUACUGGAAAUUUGGCUCUAUCUUAUCGAUAUUAAUAACUUCUCUGAAAAUAUUAAAAUUGAUGAUAUUUUAAGUAGCAGUACGAUGCUUCAUUGAAAAAAAUUAACUGAGCCUUUUAAUUAAUAGGAUAAAACUAUUAAGAGUUUAGGAAUAUUUAUUUUGCUUUGAAAAAUUAUAACUAUUGCUAAAUUUUGAAAGAAUUAAUCAAAUUUUCGUUCAAAAGCGAAAUAAGCCUUUUCUUUUAUAUGGUUAUGAUUUCUUUCUAAGCUUUUAUAUCUUUAUUUUCUUAUAAUUUUAAAAAGUAUUUAGCAAGGUAUAUCAUUUUUAAACAUUUUAAAAUGUAUUUGAUAAUAAAUUAACUUUAUUUUGUGUGAUUGAUUGUAAAAAUAUAGUCUUUAAUGAAAUCAUAGAAUCUCUGAUCACAAGGCAUUACAUUUUUAUCUAGUAUAUCAUAGCGCAAGUAAUUAAUUACAUUUUUAUCUAGUAUAUCAUAGCGCAAGUAAUUAAAUUGCUACUUCAAAAACCUAACUCCCCCUCCUCCGUAAGCGAGGAAGACCAUCCUAUUUUUGCCAAAAACCAUCUCCAUAAAAAACAUUUUAAUAGAAAAAUUUUUAUGAAAAAAGUAUUUUAGUAUAUAAGUGAUAAUUAUUAUAAUGAAAUCUCUAGCUCAUUUUAUUUAAUUUUAAACAGCUUACAUUUUAAAACAAAAUUUUGCAAAUUAAAUUAAAUAUCUGCUUUAUAUUUUAUAAAUAAUUUUUUUUUUUAAAUUUCGAAAACAAAAAUUUUCUAUAAAAUUUCUUUAUAAAAAAAUUUUAAAAAAAAACUAACCUUUCUCCUCUUCCUCCGUGAAAGAAUAAAAUUUUUUUGCUUGCUCACGGAAGGAGUGGUAAGAAAUUUAUUUUGAUAGAGCCAGACUGCCAAACUAUUAGGUAGAGCUAGCUGUCAGAUAGAGCUUGACCAGGGGUUACUCAUAGAGACUUGAAGCCUGAAAAUGUAUUAUUUGACGAAGCCUUCAAUUUAAAAAUAACUGAUUUCGGGUUUGCAAUUGCAAUAGCAGGAAGAGAUGGGUCAGGAGCUCUCCAUACACACUUAGGGACUGAAGGUUAUAUGGCUCCAGAAAUUCAUGCAAGAAAAGCUUAUAGUGGGGUUUCUGUUGACUUAUUUGCAACCGGGAUCAUCUUAUUCAUCAUGUACUCACAAAACCCACCAUUCAGCAAAGCAACCCCAACUGAGCCUUACUACAGGCUUCUGUCAAACAAAGAAGAAAGAUUUUGGCAGCUUCAUUCAAGAAACAAGGCUCCAAAUUAUUAUAGCGCUGACUUUAAAUCUUUGAUUACAGACAUGCUCACACUAGACCCAGCUCAGAGACUGACCAUUGAACAAAUUAAAGCCCAUCCUUGGUAUAAUGGCCCUACAGCUUCUGCUGAAGAAGUUGGAAACGAACUUAGAGCAAGACGUCAAAGAAUCCAAGAAGCUGCCGAAAGAGCCCGUGAACAAAGACUGAAAAGUGCUGCAGGCAAUAGACCAGGGAUUGUCUGCCAAGGCGGAAGAUUCUAUAGAGGUGACGAUACAGGAGUCAGUGAUCUUUCACUCUCUUUCUCAAUUCCACAAGAAGAUUUGGUAGCAAAGCCUCUUCCAGCUAAUUUCCAAGCUGUCACCAAGUAUUCACAAAUGCUUACUGGACUUAGUCCUCAAGAAGCAAUGACAAUUAUUUCAAUUUGCCUUUCUGAUUAUCAUAAAUAAAAUGGAAUUCGGUUCGAGAGAAAUUAGCUUUGCUAAUUUUCUCUCCCUCAUGGAAUUUUUUUUAUAGGGUUAGGUUUUCACUCGAGAACUUCUGGACAGCAAUAGCGGUUUAACUCUGGGGAUAACCAGAGGAACUGCUCCUCAGUCCUUUCAAGAUUUCGGGCUUUUAUCUCUCAGCACAUCCCCACGGGAGGAUGACCCUUAGGCGGAACACGCGCAGGAGCUGAGUCGAGCGGCAAGGGCGACGGCAUCGCGCCGGGUGAGAUGUGCAGCAAGGCUGGUGAAGCAGGAGUUGAUAGAAGGCUUGGCCAGGGCUGACCUGUUCCAAGAUGGCUCGCCUACGUCACUAGUUUUGCCAUAGAUCCUUUUUGGGCUGCGGCACUAGACACCUUAAACACCUGAUAAUUAAGUUAAGUUAAGCCUUUCUGAUUAUCAAGUAGAGUGCGAAAUGUCGCAAGGAUACUAUGAAGUAACUGCCAACGUGAUCACAGAAACUGAUGUGGUCAAUUUCAAGGUCACAGUAUACGAUGCUGGAAAUAACAUGACCUUGGUCUCAUUUGAUUUAUUGAAAGGGAGCAAAUUUGAUUUGAUGAAUAUAUACAGAAAAGUCGAAGAGAGAAUUCAAGAAGUCCAGUGCUCCUAA